AGCAUGUAUUCAAUAUGGAUCUUAACUUAGAAAACUGGCAGAUAUUAUGCAUGAUUGGUAAAGAUGUAAUUUAUGUUUAUUAUUUUAUAAUGGCGCAACCAGUGAAACUUCUGAGCAGGAUGGCUGCAUCAUAAAAUAAAACACUGAGACUGUUCUACAAACAGAGUUAUUACAUAACUUAGUUGAGCUUGUAGUAUUAGACUGACAAACCAGGUGUGUCUGCAUUUUGAAAUAUCAUCCUGUAUUGCAUUUUACCAAACUGGGUUGCUUCAUAAUGUUUCGCAAAUGGAAGAAUGCAUUUGAUAUGGCUACAGGUCAGACUCUUAAAUCUACUAGUAAGACGUUAGACGGUGUUCCUCAAAAAGAGGAAAUUGAGCAGCAGAGUGGAGAGGAGGUUGAAAUGGUUAAAGAGCUCCAAAGAAUGGCAUCUGAGGACUCAUCAGAAACUGGAAAUCUUCCUGAUGAAGACUUCGAGUUCAACACAGAUCAAGAUGAGGUUGAUGAUAGCAAGAAUAAGGAUAUUGGUGAGUUGGAUGAUGCUAUUCAUGAGGCUCACUCAAGUCCACAUAGAAUCAUAGACAGGAGCCAGAGCUGGAGUGUUGAGGGAAGUCCAAAUAAAGUACGCGCUGAUUCUACAAACAGCAUGCCUGACCUGCCUGCAACCCGAACAGAUCAGUACCAAAACUCUGUUGAUGAAAUCCUCGAUCAGAAUGAAGAAAUUCCAAAUGAUGAAAAACAAGAUUCAGAUGGAUUAAGCAAGAAUAAUCCAUUUGUGGAUGAAGAGGGAGAUUUUGUGAAUAUAUCUUCUGAUGAUGCUGGGAGCACUGCACCAAACUCACCAUUUUCAGUUACUGGUUCCAUUUUUCCUAGAAGCAAGAUAUCACUUCCAUCAAUAUUUGGAUCUCCCAAUACCCAGCAAUACCUGAAUUCCAAACCAUGUGUGUUCCCAUGUGAUGAGGAUUCUAAGGGGUCCUUGGAGACCCCUUCUCCUGAAAGUGAGG